ACGUCUCAUUGGUUUUUUAGUGUUCGUAGUUUUCUAUAUACCUUGUUGUUGCACGUCUUCUACGCUUUUAUCAUCGUCCCUCUUUCUCUUUCCACCGAUUAAACUCGCUGAGAAGAAAUUUGGGUCUUAAAAAAUGUGCGACUGAAAGAUUCCUUUGCAGCCCCAUAUGUACUCUCUCUCUCUGUCGCCGCUGCAUAGUUCUGUAGUUGUCGAUACCUGUUUCGCAUUUUUGUUCACUUUUCUUUAAUUUUCCUUCUAGGUACAUGCAUCUGAUUAAGUUAACAGCUCGAGCUUUGGUUUCCAUAUUCCAUAGAGCACAAAGCUGAGCGCCUUUAACCUUCCCUCACCUCUGAGGUGUGAGGUUUAGUUUACCUGUUUAUCUGUCCCAAAAGUGCAGCCUUUAAAAGGCUUUCCGUGCUGAAAGAUUCCUUUUGAUCGUAAUCAUAGAUUUGUACUAAUUUGUUCAGCCCUGUGCAUGCUUUGUGUUGCCAUCUGAUCUUUGCUAGUACAUUCCACUUUUCCAUCUCGCCUGGUGUUGCUCUGUCCCCAUCGUUUCAUUUCGUUGGGCGUGCCGGCUAACUUCCUUUUGCUUUUUUAAACAACCACAGGGCCAUGAACUGUGCUUCUCAUGCACAAUAUUGCCUACAAAUGCCUGCAAAAGCCCAGCCUUAGGAAUGUGUGUGCUGAAUUUUUUCUGAAAGGACAGCAUCUUGCUACAGCAUAUAUACUCUGACCUUGUGCCCAAGUUCAAAUUUAAGGCUUGAAAACAUUCAAAACUAGAGACUUCAGAUGCUGAGACACCCAAGGCUCUUCAAACUUUGGUUGCCUAUAUAUCCACACGCCAGUGGAUUGUACCUGCUAACUGCUACGCUCCUGUGUUUUAUUUAGACUUAUAGGCUUUUUGGGGCUCAGGACUCUAUCAAUGUUGCUGUGCUCUGAGGCAGCCUUUAUGAUCAGGCGAAGGCAAUGAUCAACUUGUUUGACCUCAGCGCUGGGAUGUCUAGCUCGAACAUGCUCACAGAUCGACCUCGAAGAGAUGGCUCUCCAUCUUGUAGAAGCAGGCAAGAUGUCAAGAGAACUGUUGAUCCUGCUAAAGUUUAUGCAGAGGAUAAACUAGGAGCUAGUAACUUGAGCUCAUCAAGCAAUAGAUCGAAUGCAUCUCCACUGAAUGUGGUAUUAGCAAAGGAGAAGUCCAAGGAAUUGGAGUCCAAGAAGAAGCCACCAAGUGUCGUUGCCAGAUUAAUGGGACUUGAAGAUGAUCUACCUGGUCAAGAGGCAACAUUACAAUCUGCUAAAAGAAACUUGAAGAAAAGACACUUAAAUGGCAAUUCAGCAGAAAGUAAGAGUCUCCACCAACAUCAAGAGCGGUACAAUUCCAUUAUGACAACACGGGACAUACGCAUUGGACACACAGAAACUGUUCAGUUUAAGGAUGUCUAUGAAGUCAGUGAAGAACCAUUAAGAACAUACCAUCGUCAGGACCAAACUUUUCCUAGCGGAACAUCUUCCAGGAGCAAGACGGACAUAAGGAUGGAAAUUGUUCGUCAGAAGUUCAUGGAAGCUAAGCGCCUUGCUACAAAUGAGAAACUCCUCCAUUCAAAGGAGUUUCAAGAUGCUCUUGAGGUUCUCAGUUCAAAUAGAGAUUUGUUUCUUAAGUUUCUUGAGGAACCAAACUCUACUUUCUCAGAGCAGCUGGCUGGACUUCACAGAAGCCCAUCACCACCUCAGACAAAGCGUAUUACUGUGUUGAAACCAAAUAAAUCUGUUGACAAUAAAGGCAGAAAGGAAAUCCGAACACACAGAUUAAAUGAAGAAAAUGAACACGUGAUCCCUUGGAGUCACCGGAGAUCUCAUUCAGCAGAAGUUAUUUUCUCCCAGCCAACUAGGAUAGUGGUGCUGAAGCCUAGUCCUGGAAAGCCUAGUAGAACAAUGGCCAGGCUAACACCCCAAGCAGCCACAGCUCAGCUGACUGAGCAGAUAGAUUUUAUUGGAGGUUUAGAAGAUGACAAUUACCUACCAGAUAGUCUACAUCGGCGGGAUGAGUCAUUAUUAUCCUCUGUAUACUCUAAUGGGUAUGGUGGAGAUGAAAGCUCUUUCAGCAGAUCAGAAGUUUACUAUGUUGAUGAAGAAGACGGUAACCUAAGUGUUUCCGAGAUAGUUAGUCCAGUAUCUCAGCAUUCAUGGGAUCACAUCAAAAGAUGUAACAAUCCUUACUCAGGUUCAUCUUUUAGCAGAACAUCACGGUCACCUGAGUCAUCCGUGAUCAGGGAAGCCAAAAAACGGCUUUCGGAAAGAUGGGCAUCGGUAGCAUAUAAUGAGAUCAACCAACAACAGAUGCAACUACCCAGAAGCUCAAGCACUUUGGGAGAGAUGCUCUCCCUUCGAGGAGCCAAGAAAGAAGUUGAUCGGAUGGGUUCUGUUUCAAGUAGGCAGCCAUGUGAUGCAGAAAAUGAGCUGACCCUGCAAGCUACCUGUAAAUCUAUUUUUACAGAGAAUGAAGAUGGACAGAGCUCCCCAAAGAAUCUAGCAAGAUCAAAAUCUGUUCCAGUGUCAUCAUCAAUAUUUGAUAACAUAGCACAAAAUGACCCAUCAUCCAAUUCUGAAGGCUGUAAAACACCAAACGUGGCUACAAGGUCAGAUAAAGGAAAGCCAUCAUUCAAAGGGAGAGUUUCGAGUUUUUUCUUCCCUAAAAGUAAAAAGCAGUCAAAAGAGAAAAUGACCCUAUCUGUUGGUUCUGAUGAGAAGGUUGAAGUCACUUGUUUUGGCAGCAUGAAACCAGAGGCUGCUCAAAAUAUUUUCGCUGGUGAAAAUGUGGCAUUUCAUGUGGACAAAGUUGAUAGUUUGAAAACUCAAACAAUCUGUUCUUCGAAAGAUAUUGUUUCCAUCGAAGCACCUAUUUCUUCUGUCUGUUCAAGCGGACAUCUUGAUGGAUUGAGAUCAUGUGGAGGUCUGAAUGGUAGCCGUGAUGAGCCUAGUCCUACUUCAGUUCUUGAUACGUCAUUCGAAGAUUGCAAUGUUAAUGAAUCUGAUUCGUCAAGAAGCACUACCUGUGACAAUGAGAGAAUUGUCUUACGAUCUGAUGCAAUUGAAUCUGUCACACGCUCAUUAUCAUGGGAGGAUAUGAACUCUCCUUCAUCUUUACUUGGUAUGACCAAGUUAACCCCUCCCUCCAGUGUGGGCAAUGAUGAACUCGAAUGCGUUGCCUUUGUACAAAAGAUUGUAUCAUCUGCUGGGUUAGGUGACCUGGAGUUGGGUAUGGUCUUUUCUGGCUGGUACUUGCCUGAUUGCCCUCUGGACCCUGCAUUGUGUGACAAGUUAUUGGACCGGAAGGAGGAGGCUGCCAAGUCGAGGGAGCGAAGGUCGAACCAAAAGCUUCUUUUUGAUUAUGCAAAUAUGACCUUAAUUGAGAUUGGCCAGGACACCUUACUACGCGCAUAUCCUUGGAGUCAUGUGCGCUCAAUGGCCAGGAGGGAGACACUAUCUCUAGAUUUGGUUGAAGAAGUACCACGCCAUAUGAGGGAUUGGCUCCAUGGAUCAGGGAAGUUUCGAAUGAAAGAGAAUGAAGAUGCUGGAACAAUACUGGAAAGAAUUAUGGAACAGGAGGUGGAAGGAAGAGGCUGGGUGAAGUCCGUGAGAUGGGAAUUGGAUGAGAUCACAGAGCUGAUUGCAGGGGAGGCGUUGGAGGAACUACUAGAAGAAACCGUGGAUGAUCUCACAAUUUGUUCUCCACAGCAAGAGAUGUCAAUGACAAUAGCAAAUCUGUAGGAAGCAAUUGCUUUGUGUAUGAAACUGCUCCUAAAAUUAUUGGGCUGAAAAAACUCUUGAGCAUCCUCAUAUCUUGUAUGUAUGUUCACAUAGUUGCCUCUGCAUAUAUGCCUGUAGCGCAUCACUGCAGAUUGUGGAACUCUAA